AUGAGAUGGGAGGAGCUCGAUGGAACUGUGAAGCUGCUACGCCAGUGUGCCGCUGCCAAGGAUCGAAUCAAUGGAAGGCAGCUCCAUCGGAUGCUCGUGAAUUCCGGCCAGGAUUCCCUCACCUUGAUUGGGAAUUUGAUUGUCAAAAUGUAUGGCGAUUGCGGGCUUGUGGGCGAUGCGUGGGCGGCGUUCCAGCGAAUUGCGAGCAGGAACGUCUUCUCGUGGAACAUCCUGAUGGCCGCGAGCGCCGACGGGGGAGAGACGAGCCUCGCGCGAGAGGUUUUCGAUCGGAUGCCCAGCUCGGACAUUGUGUCGUGGAAUGCGAUCAUUGGCAUCCUCGCGCGCGCCCGGGAGAUUGAGAAGCUCGCCGCGAUCUUCUUGGCGAUGCCGGACAGGGAUGUUUGCAGCUGGAAUUCGUUUGUUUCAGCAAAUGCCCAAAGUGGGCAUCUUGAUCAAGCAAUCCUCGCCUUUCUAAAGAUGCCCAAAACGCAAUCAAUUACAUGGAACGCCAUCGUUAGCGCGUAUGGAGACCACAAAAGAAUCCUUGAAGCGAAAGUUAUGUUUGAUCGGAUGGUGGAAAGAGAUGCCACGUCAUGGAACGCAAUCGUCGCCGCACAUGCCUUGAACGGUGAUCCGGAGCGCGCGGGAGAUCUGAUCCAACGGAUGCCGCAGCACACACUGUGCUCGUCCAACGCGCUCCUCACGGCCCACUGCCUGAGGGGACGAUUGGAAGAGGCUAGGGAUUUGCUCCUGGAUGGAUCGCGCCCCAGGAAUCUCGUCGGCUGGAGCGCGGUAAUCGGAGGCUACGCGCAGGCAGGGCGCGGCGCUGAAUCGCUCCAGCUCUUCCGCGCCAUGGAUCUCGACGGCGUCCAGCCGGACAACAUCACAUUCAUCAGCGUCGCCUGCGCGAUCGCGAGCAUUCCAUCCAUCGCCCAGGCCCGGCUCUUGCUAGGGAUCAUCCGGGAUUACGGAUUACCCGAGGACACUCCCCUGGGCACGAAUCUCAUCAACAUGUUUGCCAAGUGUGGGGAUUUGGAAGCCGCGAGGAGGGUCUUCGAGGAGAUGCCGGUGAGAGACAUCGUCGCCUGGAAUUCUAUGCUUACUGCGUAUGCCCAGGCUGGACGAGUGGAUCAAUCACUGGAGCUCUUUUAUUCCAUGAUCUCGCAGGGGAUUUUGCCCGUGCUCGUCUCCUUCGUGAGCAUUCUCUCGUGCUGCAGCCACGCAGGGUUGCUGUGGAGAUCUCUCGAGUUCUUCCAUGGAAUGAGUGGGGAUUUCGAACUGGCACCGGGGUUUGAGCACUUCCGGUGUAUGAUCGAUGUGUUGGGCAGGGCCGGGCAUCUGGAAAGUGCCGAGGAUUUGAUCCAGAGCAUGCCAUUUGAGCCAGAUGGGGUGAUCUGGAACACGCUGCUGGGUGCGUGUAGGAACUACAGGGAUGUAGAGCGUGCGGAGCGUAUUGCGUGGGAGAUAUUUCGGCUGGAUCCGGAGCUUCUCUCGUCCUAUGCUCUUCUCUCAGGCACAUACGUAAACAUGGAUGUUCAUUUCCUAUACUUUAGUAGUUUUCAAGACUAG